AAAAAUCGGAAGAUGUAUCUAAAUUUCUUUAUUUUCUUUGCAUACCUUUGCACCCUCGACGCUGGUCAGCUUCAAUUCAAUGUGUCCAAUAGGGAACCCGUAAAUCUGUACACCAUAGAGGGUCUAGUAAUGCCCCCAGAGCCACAAUUGGGCAUUAAAGGUAACUGGCAGAGACUACUCACGCUCUCCGUGGACAAUGGCGACUAUAAGGGGUUCGUACACCAAAAUGGCCGUUUUGUGGUCAGUGGUGUGCCCAGCGGAAGUUACAUCCUCUAUAUACAUCAUCCGGACUUGCAGUUUCUGCCUGUGCGCAUCGAGAUAAACUCGAAGGGCAAGAUUCGGGCACGCAAACUGAACCUGGUGCAGCCGAGAGUGGUGGUCCACAUUGCAUAUCCACUCGUAUUGAAGCCCCUCGGACGCAACCGGUAUUUCUAUCUGCGCGAGCAGUGGCGGAUCUUAGACGUGCUGCUUAAUCCCAUGGUUCUGAUCAUGGUCUUACCCCUGAUACUAAUGAUGGUGUUGCCCAGGAUGAUCAACGACCCGGAGACAAAGCGUGAAAUCGAGAAUAUACAGUUUCCCAAAGUGACGCAAGAGAUUCCGGAUCUGAGCGAACUGCUGACAUCUUUCUGGUCUGAUCAAAAGCCUCCAGCAAGGAAGAAGGCAAUAAUGGCGAAAACUUCGAACAAAAAUAACUAGUUCUUCUGAAUGGGUUUUAAUAUUUAGUGCGGUUCCUAUAGAUCUUUUCCAAAAAUAGAUUUACGUCUUAUAAAAAUGUA